CCGCAGACACCACGGGUUACGCGUGGGAGGCGGUCGUGUAGAAGCCAGAGCAGGUGGACGCCGCUCCGUGUCGCUGCUGCCGCCGCACUGUGCAACACGAUCCCGUUGGGGAGGAAGAACCUGCACAACAGCGACCGGGCAGACAAAUGCAAACAUUCACUUAAAUUUCACCAGCGCCGAUUUUUUUAAAUUUUUUAAAUUUUUUAAAUUUUUUUUUUUAAAUUUUGAAGGUCGGCGGAGGAAGAAGCCCUUCUGACGUGGGAUUUAUUCUGUCGCGUAAACGUGGAGAGGGGGGGACAAGCCGAGAGAGAAAAACUUCCAGAAACGACCGGGGCUCUGUGAGAGAGACUGAGCUCGACAACCCGGCGAAUCGAGUUUGCUGAAGAAGUGCUCUCAUAUUUCAGUUAGUCUCUGAGCGGCGAGGAGCUGGCGCACGCGGGGGGGAGGAGGAGGAAUGACCUCUUUGGACCACUGAUCCUCAUCUGUGGACUUUGACUGCGCCUCUCAGCCACACUAUUCUUUUUGUUGUUGUUGUUGUUGUUGUUUUACCCUCUCAACACGCAGCCAACAAACAAACCCCACCAACGUACACUAAAAGGAGUUGUCCCUCAGAUCCGCGGCAAUGGGGGAGCAGCCAAUCUACACCACCAGGGCCCAUGUCUUCCAAAUCGACCCAACCACCAAGAAGAACUGGGUUCCUGCCAGCAAGCAGGCCGUCACUGUCUCCUACUUCUACGACAGCACGCGUAACAGCUACCGCAUUAUCAGCGUGGAUGGAUCCAAGGUGAUCAUCAACAGCACCAUCACACCCAACAUGACGUUCACCAAGACAUCUCAGAAGUUUGGCCAGUGGGCCGACAGCAGGGCCAACACCGUGUUCGGACUGGGCUUCUCUUCAGAGCAGCAGCUUUCCAAGUUUGCCGAGAAGUUCCAGGAGGUAAAAGAAGCAGCGAAGUUGGCAAGGGACAAAUCUCAAGAGAAGGUGGAGACAUUGAGUAAUGACUCCGAGGAGUCUGGACGUGAGACGCCGUCCACCAACCAGGCGUCCAGCAUUAAUGGGACGGACGAUGAGAAAUUCUUUCACGUCGGUCCAGAGGCCACUGUGCUGCAGAGCGAGAGCGAACAUCUCAAGAGCGCAGUAGAACAGAGCAACACCAACGCCAAAAAGUGGGAAACGGAGCUGCAGACUUUAAGAGAAAAUAAUGCCAGGCUGGUGGACACACUCCAGGAGUCUUCGGCUAAUGUGGAGAGCUUAAAAAAGCAACUUGGUGUCUGCAAGGAAGAGAGCGAGACGCUCAGGGAGAAGAUUGCCGAACUAGAAGCCCAGUGCACUGAAGCCGAUCAGGAGAAGCAGAAAAACGCCCAACUGACUGUACGAGUGCAGGAGCUGGAGGCUGAGCUACAGGACAAGGAGCAGGAGGUGGAGAACCUGAGGAAGCAGGCGGAGAUAAUCCCUCAGCUCAUGGGCGAGUGCGAGAGCAUCACCGGGAAACUGCAGGCUGCGGACACAAAGAACAAGGAGCUGGAGGGGAGAAUAGAGGGUCUGCAGGUCGACGUCGACGACAGCCUACAGAAGCAGGGCAACAUGAAGGGCGAGCUGAAGAGGUUCAUGGAUAUUCUGGACGGAAAGAUAGACGAGCUGCACGAGGUCAGGCAGGGCCUUUCCAGGCUUGGUGUUGAUAAUUGAGAAAAGUGGCACUGGGCUGAAAGGGUCAGAGGUGGGGUACGAAAAGAUUCACUACAAUAUGUCUUCAGGGCCGAAACUAUGUGGCACCUUCUCCCCCCCCCCCCCCCCCCCCCCCCCCCCCCCCCAACCCCCUAAGGGGGGUGUCCACUCAGAAACUAUCAGCUUCGACUUCUAAUAAACACGACCAUGUGAGAGAGACGCCGGCAGACUAACAGGAGGGAGGCCGGCGUGAUCCACCAAACGGCUCCAUCUUGUGUGCUGGCACUGGGGAAACUAAUACAGGAGUCACACUCAUCCGUUUCUGUGGGGGGGCCGCUGCUUUAACAAGCUGGUGGAGGGUUCUUAGAUUCUUUUCGUCUGAAGGCUGCAGCGUUGGUUUCUACAGUCUGAGCUUGGCGUAGAGGAGGGGGCUGAAAAGGGCUAAAACGAACAACGUUACAAAGACGAUGCUCUUCAGCAUCGCUCGAGUAAUAAUUUGGAGUUAUUCCUUGUGCCCCCCCCCCUCAGAGAAUUAGAGAUGAAAUCUUUCUACAGACUGUCCUCGCUGUUGCGUCUCGUCUAAUCUCAGGUGCGUUGGAAGACAAUUUGUACUCAUUAGAUCAUAUGCACAUAUAUAUAUAUAUAUAUAUAUAUACGGCCGUGACACAAAGUGCCUCCAGGUGAGUCUAAAUCCACCUGGCGAGGAGAACUGGCAACGUGAUGACCAUCACCAUAAUAAUAACCUGAUGAUUUCUUUUUUUUUUUAAAUUAUUUGUGAGAAACCCCUGAUUAAAAAAACCAAAACACCCUCACUGAUAAAAUGGCGAGCCCCAUCCGGAGGGUGUUCACGUUGCCGAGGGACGUCAACGCGAUGAGGGACGUCAACGCCCCACCUUGCCAUCAGCGUAGUGAAGCGUAGUGUUUGAAGAACUUCACGUGUGCAAUAGCGUAGUUGUCCAUUUGUAGAACCAAGAUGUAUGUCUCUGAGGUUGUCGAUGUGCUUCCUACACACAGUUUUUGUUAUGGUGGUGGUUAUUUUGGGGUGGGGGGGGUGGGGACUCGGUGCUGCUCGACGGGGUGAACAAUGUGACGGUGUGGGCCUUGUUUCUUUUCCGCUGGAACACUGUCGGCUUCUUGGGUUUUUUUUGUUUUUACAUAUUUAUUUAUUUUUGGUGCCUCUCUGCAGCGAGUCUUUCUAAGGACAUGACGAGUAAAUGAACGUCUCCACAGAUGCACACGGUUGUAUAAAAUAUACCAAACUGUCGGGAUCCAGAGGUUUUAUAGCGCAGGAUCGUGUCACGGCGGCUUUCGGGAGACGCCCUUCUUGAAACACGGUGCGUUUGAAAUCAAAAGGCGCGAAGUUGUUGUGGCAUAUUUACUGGGUGAUACUAUGAUGUUAUGAGUCCAUAUUUUUCACCACUGUUUUGAUCUUGAGAUAUCUACGAAGGGACUUUUUUGCUUAUUCUCUCUCUGUUUAGCCCUAAUGUUCCUGACUCACCAGAACAACACAAUGUAUGAUCCUUCCUUUUGAACCAAUGCCGCUUGUGCACUUUUUGUGACUCCUGUUCAAUAUAUUGUACAAUAGAACUGACAAUUGUUAAAAUCUAGUUUAAUUACAA